CAGAUGUCAGACAACAUACCCAGCGUUCACAUCGAAUAUCUCAUUCAGUUUUUGAGUCUUGCUAAAUUCAUACGUUUUCAUUCGUUUCGUUUUCUAUAUUUAAAAAAAAUCAUCAAAAUUCUCCAAAAAAAUAGUAGUAAAUUUUGUCCGAAUCCGUACUGCUCUUUUUUUGUUGUUCUAUCAUUCUGUGUGGACCUUCUGAAAGAAAGUUGAGAAACGCGAAUAACGGAGUUCGGAGAAAUCAUUAAAUUUUGGAGAUACGCAAGAGAAGCGAAAAAACGGUGACCAAGCAUUGCGAUAAGGAAGGAGAGGAGUAAACAGCUAAAAACAGAUAACCAUCUCACAAGCAGGAUGGCUGAAAACAUGGUGUGCCACAAGUGCAAGGAGGCCAUCACCAAGCGCAUGAUCACCGCCCUGGGCAAGACGUGGCAUCCGGAGCACUUCCUGUGCCGCCACUGCGAGGAGCAGAUCGUGGACGCCACCUUCAACAUCCAGAGCGGCGAGCCGGUGUGCAACAAGUGCUUCGUGGAGCGGUACACCUACACCUGUGCCGGCUGCAAGAAGCCGAUCCUCGAGCGGACCAUCUGCGCCAUGGGCGAGAGUUGGCAUGAGGAUUGCUUCUGCUGCGGCGGGGCCUGCAAGAAGCCGCUGGCCAACCAGUCGUUCUACGAGAAGGACGGCAAGGCCUACUGCAAGCAGGACUACGAGGACCUCUUCGCCGCCCGGUGCGCCAAGUGCGAGAAGCCCAUCACGGACUCGGCGGUGGUCGCCAUGAAUGUGAAGUGGCACCGCGACUGCUUCCGCUGCAACAAGUGCGAGAACCCCAUCACCACGCAGACCUUCACCAUCGACGGGGACAAGCCGGUGUGCCCCGCCUGCCAUUGCUGAUGUCCUCCGGGAUGUCCACGUAUCCCCCGCCCCGGCACUAAAUUGUUCAGAGUUGGCCGUUCGUUUCCUCACAAUAAUUUUGGUUGUAACAUAAUGUUAAAAGGAUAAGAGGCAUUAUAAAGCACACUGCAGGCAGUCUAAGCACAAGACUCUACCAAAUAAAAGACAACAUAAAAAUUAAA